AUUAACCCCUCGACGAGGGAGCGUUAAAAGACGAUACCUCCCUCCUAUUUCUCCCUCUUUCUCUCUCUCAUAUUCCUCCAUAAAAUCUUCUGCAAAAACCACCUUCCUUCUUCCAUAUCUCCCCAUAAUCCAGGAAUCAUUUUAUCCUUUUCUAUUUUCCCUCCUUCAUUCUCAAAUAUUAAAAACUAAAUUCCAAAUACACCUUAAAAAUUAAAAAUGUCAUCUUUCCAAAAGCCAACAACAAUCCAUGAAAUUAGGCAAAAGUUGUGUACCAAUAUUGAUAAACUUUCUGAUAGAUCAACAUUUUCUCAAGCUUCAUCUGAACUUAAUUAUUUAGCAAAAACCCUUCCUUUAGAUUUUCUUCCAACAUUUUUAUCAUCUAUUCUUUCCAUUGAUUCUUCAUCAAAAUCCCCCGUUAAAGUUCAUGGUAUUAAUCUUCUUUCUCUUCUUUCAAAUACCCAUAAAUCUUUUCUUUCUCCUCAUAUUCAAAAAAUCAUUCCUUUUUUUCUUAAACGUUUAAGAGAUUCAGAUUCCUCCGUCAGAAAUGCUUGUAUUUCUGCUGUUUCAUCACUUUCUUCAUUAAAUUAUGUUCCUUUGCUUGAUUCUUUUCUUGGGUCGAUCUCCAUUGAGCAAGAUUUAAAUGCCCAAAUGGGUUGUUGCUUGUGUUUGAAGGCAGCCAUUAAUGGCCGAAAUUUGGAGGAAAGAGAAGAAGGAGAUUUGAGGAAAAGGGUUUUACCUAAAGUUAUGAAAUUGUUAAAAAAGGAUGGGUUUAAAGCAAAAGGAGCUUUAUUAGGAGUAAUUGAAAGUAUUAUUGGUGUAAAUAAUGGAAUUGUGAUUAAUGGUAAAGUUGGAGGAAAUUUGGUGGGAAAUGUGGUUGGUAUAACUGUCGACAUGUUAAGUUCUGAUGAUUGGAUGGCAAGAAAAUCUGCUGCUGAAGUUUUGCUUAAAUUAGGUGUUGUUUUGGAUGAAGAUGCUGCUGCUCAAGUUAAAAACUUCGUUGUUAAUUCUUUGGAGUCUAGGAGAUUUGAUAAGGUUAAAGUAACUCGUGAGAUAAUGAACCAAGCAUUGGAGGCUUGGAAGGAGGUACAACCUGGUGGUCCAGACCAACAAAAUGUUUUAUCAAGAUCUAACUCACCUAUUUCUAAAGAUAAUGUUACAUGUGGGGCUUCAACAUCCAUCCCUAGAAGAUUCUCUUAUGCUGGUUAUGAAACUCCUAAACCAAAGAAAACAAUGGCCAAAUGUAGGUCAUCUUUGUCUGAUGUUUCAAGUAUCACUUUCUCCCCUUCCAUGUCUCCAAGCCCUCAAGAUAGUUUUGGUUUUGAAACGCCGCAAAGGAAGGAAACACUAUCCAAGACCAAAUCAUCCUUGUCGGACGACUCAAGUAUCACCGAUGAUUCUUCUUUAGUCUCGAAAAGUUCCUAUGAUCACGGUUUUGAAGUGUCCCAAUCAAAAAAACCGAUGUCCAAGAGGAAGUCUUCUUUGCCCGUCAAAAAGAAGAGUUACUCAAAAAAAAAUGAUAAGAAAUCAAGUGCGUACGAAUCAUUGGAUUGGAAAGUUGAAAUAGCCGUUCCUCAGUCUCUAUCUGAAAAGGCGGUAUCAGAGGAUGAUGCAAAUAGCUUAGAAAAGACUUCAGAGGAAAGGGUGCUGAGAUUUAAUGCUUCUAAAGCCGGAUCUUGUGUGAUUCCUUUAGUCGAGAAGGAUGAGCCUCGGGAGGGGCUAGCCAUUGAAGGUGGAGGAAAUGAAGAGGUUGGUGAAAGCAAUGCAGACUCGGAGGAUCUAACUUUGAUCAGGAAACAGCUUAUUCAGAUAGAGAGACAGCAAUCUGACUUGCUUGUUCUUAUUCAGAGAUUUAUGGGUAAUUCUCAAAGUGGGAUCGACUCAUUGGAGACUCGAGUAACUGGCCUUGAGCGAGCGCUUGAUGAGAUCUCCCACGACUUGGCCAUGCAAAGCGGAAGGAUCACGAACAAUGACUCGACAGCAAGCAGUUGCUGUCCCAGUACAGAAUUCUUAAGUCCCAAGUUCUGGAGAAGAACUGAAGGAAAGUCCUCCAAUUUAAAGUCAUCACACUCAGGUAGUGUGCCUAAUAAAGAGGCCAAGUUUGAUACUACACCAAUGGACGGUUACACGCUUCAUGAGCAGCAGAGCGAAGGCAUAUACCGGGAAUCAUGGGGAAGCGUCAAAGGCAUUGGACAAAGUGUUCCAAGAGGAAGAAAUUGCAGCCCUAGAAGCUUUGAUUCCGCUUCAACUGCUACAUGUAUUACUUCGGUGGGUCGAGGAGUAUAGACUGCAGCAUCUACGAUUAACAAAGUUUACAACACCUUUAAAAAUGAAUGGAUCCAAUAUCGUAUUAGUGGAGCAUGUAUAUUAAUUGGUCCAUUCAACUUCAAAAUGUGCUGCUUGUCAACUGAAAAUAUCCUCUUUGUAUUACAUUUUGUUCUAUCGUGGCUGCUUGGCUGGUACGAACGAUUGUUAUAGAGCGAUGAUUAUCAUAUGCCUUUUGCUGAGGGGUUUGAGGGUUUGUAGUACCUUGAUUUAUUUCCAAUUUCUUUGAUGUAAGUGGUAUAUAACUAUAUAUAUGAUGCUUGUACAGAGAGACCAAAAAUAUCUUGAGUGUUUGGAGCGUAUAAUGUCAAAUUUCUCUUUAUACUGACACGAGUCUCGUAUUAUUCUAACUUCUAUAUUAAAUUGAAAAUUAUUACCAAAACGAUGAAUACAUGUCAAAUUUCACCUCCAACCUUUGGACAUUUGGCCCUUUAGUUUUUUCUUGAUUGAUCAAAUAAUUUUUUUAAUGUUUUUGUGCCUCAAAACUAUCGAAUUUUUUUUUUUGACCAACUAACAAGUUAAAAGCCAAUUUUAAUAAAAAAAUAAUAAAAAAUUCACUUACCGCCUAACGCCCUAAGAUAUUAAUGGAUUUUUAAAAACCCAUUCAGUGAAUGAGAUAUUAGUUUUCUAAUACUCUUCAUGAUUGUUUAACGAUCAAAUAUUCCGAUGUUCAAAACGAGAGAAAAAUACAUACAUAUUUAUAUAUCCUUUUAAGUGUAGCAAUUUUAAUAAGAUAAAGAAAAUAGAAAUAUUCUUAGAAAUUUUUUUUCUUUGCGUAAAGAAAAAAGAUAAUAAGUAUAUUACAAGAUUUGAUUCUCAAUUACAAUAUUAAAAAUUCAGAGAGAAUAACUCAAAAUUCUUUAUGAGUAAAUUAUAAAUUUCUAACAUAAAUCAUGACUGUGUCUGUGAAAUUGUAGUGAAAGUAUAUAAUUAUCAAAUGUUACAAAAGUUAAAAGGACUAAUGGUGGUGGAUUAGCGUAGGUAAGGCAGGUCUCGUUAUAUAUUGGUGCCUGGUGGAGCUCCAAAAAUUCAUUUUUCUACUUAUUUUAUUUAUUGUUAUUUCAAUCACUACUGUUGUGAUUAGUGUGACUUGAGUGCACAUUUGAUGAGGUGCAUUCAUGUGUGACCUUUGGGAUGAAUUCCCAUAAAUGGAUUGUUAUGGAUGUAUUAAGUUAAGUUUUGAUGAUUGAUUUAUGAUGGUGAUUAAGUAUGGAUUAAGUAUGGAUUAAUGUGGUUGUAAUAAGGUAAUGAAGUGUGAGAGUUAUGGGACUUAAUGAAGAAGUUGAAAGGUUGAUUCGAGAUGCUCUACUAUGCAUGUCGAGCAAUACUGUCAGAAAGCCUUUGAAGUGCCGCUCGACCAGCCCGCUCGACCGAGCGAGCUUCAGGAUGGGUCGAGCGAGCAGGCAGAAUGCAACCAGAAACUUCCUGAAGUCUGCUCGACCAAGUCACUCGACCGAGCGAAACCCUGUUUUGGUCGAGUGAAGUCUCUGAUACUCCUAGAAUGCUGUUUUGUGACUCUUCAUGUACUUAGAGAUGUUUCAUUAUCAUUUAAUCAUAGCUUUAAUGUACUUAAUGUUACUUAGUGUGAUCUCUCCUAUAAAUAGAGAGCUCUCAAUCAUCAAAAAGGAAUCCAAAAAAAAUACACCCCAAGCCAAACACUAGCCUAUAUCUCUUCUCUAUUGUAAUUCUCCAUAUUUGAGAGUUCUUUGAACUCCUUUUGAUAAUAUAAGAGA